AUGGCGGACUUGUUUGAGACGAACGCGGACGCGCCUCAUCGCGGCGACUGGGCAGACGACGACAGCUCGUCCUCAUCUGACGACGACAACGACAACGACAACGACAACAACUCUUACAACAACAAGGCCAAGCAGGAAGCGCCGCGGCUGCUGCAGUACUUUGACGGCGACGUUCCGGCAGUCAACCCCGAGCGCAAGUCGCGCCGUCGUCGCGCGUACCUCGCAGGCCAGCAGCCCCCGCAGUGGACUUGGACUCCAGCACCAUCACCAUCAGCAUCAGGCACAGGAGCAGCGCAGCAGGCGGACAGGCGGCUCCAGGCGUCGCUGCUGGUUGUUGGCUUUGGCCGCGCUGGUGCAAUGUACGCCUUUCACCGCUUUGCCACUGCUGGUGCUGUUAGUGCUGCUCAGGGGGUGCCCGAGCUGGUGGCGUCAAUGACGAGCACGGCGGCAGCAGCCAAGCCGCAGCCCAAGAGCGCCGUCGCCAUCAAAGCAGCAGGCAAGUCUCAGAUGUGCGCAGUCACGGCACCGGUCUCCCCGAGCGAGGCAUUCGAAUUUGCUGCUACACUUUUGACACAUGUGCAUGCCGAUCGCGUUCUUGCGUUUGAUGCCGCCCUGAAAUCCAGCAUAAAUGGUCUCUACGAUGACCCGGAGAACGACGACAGCGACUACGACUAUGACAGCGGCCAUCGUGGCGCUCUGGUUUGCGCAUUGGCCACUGCCGCUUGGCGCCGAGACGGUCGUCUGCCUGCGCGUGCUCUGCCCACCGCCAACAUGGUGACUGGAGCCCCUGCCGCCCUUUUGUCUCACUGCGAGGUGAUUGGCACUCCCGCGGCGUUGCUGCUCGCGCUGCAAGAGUCGGUCGAGAUCUCGCCCGAACUCUUGCUGGCAAUGGACGCCGUGAUCACGAGCGACAACAGCCAACUUGGCACCGUUGCGCCCGCUCUCGCACCACUACAGGCUGAUGCCCUUCGUGCGGCGUUCAAGUCUGCCGGACCCGCGUCCGACUCUGCGUUGGCCAGCGUUCCCGGUGCCAUUCACUUGGUUCUGUCCGCCUCCACCACCACUGCUGCAACCUUUGUGCGACCCACGCCCGAUUCUCUGUACUUGUGA